AUGCUCAAGAAUGCGCUCCGCCGCACCCCCGGCACCGGCACAUCCUUCAUCUGCCUCUUCUGCAAGCCCAGCAACAGCACCACCGUCCCCCUCCGUCUCUCAUCGCUAGGGGCAGCACCACCCCCGCCGCCCUCCUCCAAAGUCAAGGCGUCCAAGGCCAAGGCUGCUGCUGCCGUCGCCGCCGCCGGAGCCACGCCUGCCACCGAAGAGAGCGCCCUCGACGAGAUGCGCAAGGGCAUUGACGCCAUCGUCGCAAAGCAGCUGGCCGCGGACCAGACCGCGGCGGCAAAGAAGAAGAUGAAGGCGAAGGCGAAGAAGGGGGACGGCAGGAAGAGCGUUGUCGGCGAGGAUGGCAAGAGGAGGCCUUUAGCGAGGAUGGUGGCGGCGGGCGCGAGGAAGAAGGAGGGCAUGACGCUGGCGGAGGCAAUGGCGAAGAGUGGAGCAAGGAGGAGGAGCGUGGGCGAGGAGGUGGAGGUGGAGGUGGAGGAGGUGGCGCCGCCGAGGCCGAGGGGGUUGGAGGUCGUUGAUCCAGAUAUGGCUUUGUUGGAGCCAAUCAAAAUGCAGGGCCACACAAACCCGCCCAAGAUUCACCACGACCUCGACCGCGUCCUUUUCAACCCGGGCGUGCACUACCUGCAGGAUCCUCGCUCGCACGUCUACAACUUCGAGCCUUACCUGCGCGACAUCAUGCCCGUGCACGAGUUCGACUUUGAGGCCGUCGACUCGUACAUCACCUCAUCCAAGGACACCAAGCUCGAGAGCCUCGCAAAGUCGCUAGGCAAGAAGUACUCGGGCUCGACCUCGUCCAUGACCGCGAUCCUCUCGCACUUCCACUACCUGCUUUCUCACUGGCGCGGUAUCAACGCCGAGUCGCUCUCCAAGGCCUUCCCCGUCGAGUACCGCUCCUUCACGCAGCUCUCGCGCGCCCCCGUCGCAACCUUCCUGCGCUACAAGGGCGACGGCACAUACGCCAUCGACGCCGACAAGGAGUUCGACACGGACAGCAUCCUCUCGCUCCUCGGCCGCUCGCUCGAGAAGAUGCUCACCCUGCCCCCCGCAGACUACGAGUCGCUGCGCAAGGCCAACGCCGCCGAGCGCACAGAGGGCUUCACCCAACACCCGGACACGUUCCACUACAGCACCCUCGGUGACUUCCUGAUGCGCUCCCAGCUCGACGCGUAUGACCCGCGGCUGCCGGGCACGGGUAUGUUCGAUCUGAAGACGCGCGCCGUGGUGAGCGUGCGCAUGGAUGUGGCGAAUUUCCACUUGGGAUCAGGGUACCAGAUCAAGACGCUGAAGGGCCAGUGGGAGAGCUUUGAGAGGGAGUAUUUCGACAUGAUUCGCGCGGCGUUCUUGAAGUACUCGCUGCAGGUGCGCAUGGGGCGCAUGGACGGCAUCUUUGUGGCAUUCCAUAAUACGGAGCGCAUCUUUGGGUUCCAGUAUGUCGGGCUCGAUGAGAUGGAUGGGACCAUUCAUGGCGGGUACAAUAGCGGCGUGGGCGAUAAGGAGUUUAAGGCCAGUUUGGUACUGCUGAACAAGAUUCUUGAUCGGGCGACGGAGAAGUUUCCUGAGCAGUCAUUGCGCCUCCAUUUCGAGACCCGAGAGACACAGACACCACAGAUGUACAUCAUCGCCGAGCCCGUGUCCGAGAAGCAAAUUGAGAAGAUCCAGAACAGGAAUGCGCGCGACAUGAGCGAGUUCCUCAAGAGCCUUGAGGAGAAGCGCGACAGCGUCAUGAAGAAGGCUGAGUCUAAGCGGAUUGCAGAAAAGUUUGGCACUAUUGAGGGAGAGGAGGCUGCUGCUGCCGAGGAGGAGGCGGAGAGGGUUGAAGAGGUCGUGGCAGCACAGGACGCUGAGGCAGCGGCGGUGCAGGAGGUGGAGGAAGCUGAGGCGGUCGGGGAAGCUGAGGCGGUCGGGGAAGCUGAAGCGGUGGAGGAAGCUGAAGCGGUGGAGGAAGCCGAAGCACUAGAGGAGCAGCUUGAGCAGGGGCAACAGGGGCUGGAAAGCUCGCUGGAGACGGAGUCGGUUGUGAGGACGACGGUGGAGGAGGAAACGGUGCUGGAGAUGAAGGAGGAGGUUGCUGAUGAGGUUGUGGAAGAGGUCUUGGAAGAGGUUUCGGAAGAGGUUACAGAGGAGAUCCAAGAGGAUGCCUCGGAAGAGAUCUUGGAAGAGACCUCCGAGACCCCCGAAGAAACCCCAGAAGAGAGCUCAGAACUCACCUCCGAGUCCCCCGAGUCCGAGUCCACAGAAGCCUCCGAGACCACCAUGGCCACUAAACCUAAAUCCGUCAAGCCGUCCAAGCCGCCCAUCCUCGCCAUGACACUGACAACCUACAACCUCGUCAACAACCGCGCCGUGCUGCGGCCGGACCACCUCACCAAGCACGACAAGUGGACAGUCGAGUACAACAUUGUAGAGGCGCAGUCCAACGACCGCGCAUGGAACACGUACAACAGCAUCAAGGUGCGGCGCAAGAAGGCCGUGGAGCAGAAGCUGCUGGCCGAGGACAGCGACGAGGUGAGCGGGUAUGUCAAGUAUCUGCGGGCGCUGUCGAAGGAGGGGCGGACGUGGGCGGCGGGGCAGGAGAAGAGGUGGGGGGGCGAGAGGGUGGUGUAUAAGGCGGGUGGGCAUCUGGAGUAG